AUGUGGUCUACAUUUUUUGUGACUGAUGAGGAGGGCCGCACGGUGGGCCCGCCGGCACCAGGAACAGUGAUAGGGCCUGCACCAGGAGGAGCACCCCAGGGUCCGGUGGGUCUGGCCAACCUGAUGAGCGGACGCAGUACAUUUGGGGGGAACAAGCGCCGGAGGACAACGUCAGCGGGACACACCAUGAGUGAGGCCCAGGAAGGAAAGAUCAAGUUGGCAUUCUUUGUGGCCAUCGUGGGCGUGGUCCUGACGGUGCUCGGGGUGGGGACAGAGUUCUGGGUGGAGCUGGCACCCCCAAAGAGUUUCUACAACAAUCAGACAUGUCUGACAGCUCACUACGGCCUGUGGAAGGGCUGCACCAAGACCCUGUGGGUGGCUGAUAUCGACCCAGAGAGAGAGAGCUGUGGACCUGCUGAACUGCCCGGAGAAUCAAACUGCACCUACUUCAAGUUUUUCACCACGGGGGAAAACGCUGUGAUGUUUCAGAAGACAACGCAGAAGAAUCUGAAUGUAGCGGCAGCCAUGUUGGCCAUGUUCAGCCUGUUCCUCAUGGUGAUGGGGGCCAUAUGCAUCACCAUGUCCCUCAGUAAAGAAAUCCUGUUCUUCCUCAAGCCAGCAUCGGUCUGCUUCAUUCUGUCAGGUAUCCUGGUGCUUCUCUGUCUCGUGGUUUUCCACCAGUCAGUCUUGGCUUUGCUGGCCAGCGACCAUACGGUUCCUCUUCACCACGAGCUCUCCUGGUCAGUGUCAUGUAUCGGCUGUGCGGGGGCCGUCCUCAUCAUCGGUGGGAUCCUCUUUGUGCUGCUGGCGCUGCCCUACAGCCCCUGGCAGAGGUGUCUCCCUCAGAAAGACAGCAGCAGCUAG